AUGGACACCUGGUCCAUUCUCACAAGAUCUCCGUCCGCGACCGAUCUGCAGCAAUCUAAUCGCCCUUCAAGAUUGUCCGUACUAUCGCCGUCCUUGACCGAACUCCGUGGCAUCGCCCGCGCGAUAUAUUACAAUUUCAAAAAAAUCGGGAAAAAUAAUUAUACUCCCGCAAAAAUUCGGUCGCGCAUCGCCACUCUGAAAGAAACGUGGGUAGAAUUUCGACACGGGCACGCCGCGCUUCUUCAAGCCGUUCCAAAGGAUAAACGCGAAGCCGUGGAGUACUUCAAUGAAGAUAAACUCGAGGUUUACGAAGAGGUCUACCAAACCGCAGCGGAUUACAUGGCUGAGUGUCUUGAAGAAAUCGAACCACCUGUGAGUCCGAACCGAUCAGCGGAAUUUUCGUAUGUACAACCCGAAUCGUCCUCCAUAUCGUUGAAGCAUCUUCCGCCUAUAAAACUGCCACCGUUUUCCGGAAAGUUCGAAGAGUGGGAGACGUUCCGCGACCGAUUCAAAACCCUUAUCAUUCACAAUCGAGAAUUAUCAGAUUUCGCGCGCAUGCACUUCUUAGCAUCCAGUCUCACCGGUCCAGCACGCGACGCGAUCGAGAGUACCGAAAUUACUGCAGAUAACUUCGCCGUGGCUUGGGCAGCCCUCUGUACGCGGUACGAAAAUAAGCGGCGAUUAAUCGACAUUAACGUGUCAAUCUUGUAUAAUCUACCGCCCAUUACGCGCGAGUCUCCCGCGGAUUUACAUGCGUUGCGUGACAAAGCUGAAAAGGCGAUAGCAUCUCUCAAACGAUUAGAUCGAGCUCCUGCCGACAUGUUAAAUGACAUUCUCGUCUAUUUCUUAUCACAAAAGUUAGAUCCAGCCACUCGAAAGGCGUGGACUCUAAAAUCAGGCAAGCACUCGGAGCCUUCGACCUACGAAGAUCUGUGCCGGUUCAUAUCCGCGCGUGCGUCCGCACUUGAGGAGUUAACGCCGAGCAACUCGUACAAGUCAACAAAAUCUACGAAAGUUCUCUGCGCAACUACGUCAUCGGUCCCCUCGGCAGCAUGCCCAUUAUGUAAGGAGCGUCACUUUAUCAAUAAGUGUCCACAAUUUAUAAAUAAGAGCCCGAGUCAGCGCCGCGACAUCGUCAAGGAGGCCAAGCGGUGCGAAAACUGCCUCAGUACAAAGCAUGACGUAAUGGCAUGCCCGAGUAAAUACGCCUGCCGAAACUGUCAACAAAGGCAUCAUUCAAUGCUUCAUAUCGACUCGAUCUCGUCCCUUGAAGCGAAUCUAACGCUAAUCGCCGAAAAUCAGCCGUCUCAAAGUACCGAUACUCAACAAGUUCGCGCAUUAUUCUCGUCCUCGGCAUCGCCGUCUCUGCCUCCAGUAUUGCUAGCGACAGCUCGAGUCACGGUCUCCUCAUCGUCCGGACGCAGCGCAAGCAUUCGAGCACUCCUUGAUCAGGGCUCCGAAGCCACCUUCAUAUCCGAAAACCUCGCUCAAUUGUUACGACUACGACGGAAGAAAAUGCCUGUCUCGAUUACGGCCGUCGGUUGCGUUAACGCGGGAUCAUGCCGCUAUGGCACUCAGAUAAUCAUCACGUCGCGUCACGACCCCAGUUCCGUAUUCACCACCACGGCCUUAAUCUUAACUUCACUGACCACAUACGCUCCGAGACACUGCUCUCGCGCCGCUGCUUGGCCUCAUAUCGCAGAUCUCAGGUUAGCAGACGAUAAUCCGAUGAGUUCAGAACCGAUAGAUCUUAUUAUCGGUGCAGAUUUAUAUAGCAACCUAAUUCUCGACGGCAUUCGAAAGGGCUCGCCGGGUCAGCCAAUAGCUCAGAACUCCUGUUUCGGCUGGAUUCUGUCGGGACCGAUUACCCUUCAAAACACAUAUACUCGUCAUAUUGCCACUCACCACUGUUCUCUUGAACAAAGCUUGCGGCAAUUUUGGGAAAUAGAAGAAAUUCCCAGACAAGCGGCAUUAGCUCCCGAAGAACAGCUCUGUGAAACGCACUUUAUCACAACUCAUACACGCUCGCCCGACGGACGUUACUGCGUACGGCUUCCAUUCAAGGAAGGGCCGCCGAUCGCAAUCGGCGAAUCUCGCUCAAUCGCCGAACGCAUGCUUCUUUCGUUAACUCGUCGGUUCAAAGCAAAUCCGGAACAAAAAACCGAAUACUCCGAGUUUCUUGCCGAGUACGAGCAGCUCGGGCACAUGUGGAAGGUUAACCCCCCUUCGCUACCCUCUAAUCAAUAUGUCUACAUACCGCACCAUCCCGUAAUUCGCGAAACAAGUAUUACGACAAGAUUAAGGGUAGUUUUUAAUGCCUCCAGUCUGACAAAAAAUGGCACUUCAUUAAAUCACCAUCUUCUCGCGAGCCCAAAAUUACAAAGUGAUUUACCCGCCGUCCUAUUGCGCUGGCGCCAAUAUAAAUAUGUAUACAGCGCCGAUAUCGCCAAGAUGUACCGUCAAAUUCGAAUCGAUCCGAGAGACGUGGAUUAUCAGCGAAUCUUAUGGAUAGGAGACGACUCUAAUGCGAUAUCGGAGUAUCAAUUGCUCACCGUUACGUAUGGAACAGCCACCGCUCCGUUUCUCGCGCUUCGCGUGCUUAAACAACUCAUCACGGAUGAAGGUGACGCGUUUCCACUAGCCGCGCCGGUGCUCCGCGACAACACUUAUGUAGAUGAUCUCUUAUUCGGCGCGGACGAUAUCUCCACACUCCGUCACACUCGCGCCCAAGUAUGCGCUCUGCUAGCGCACGGCGGAUUCGAACUAAGAAAAUGGGCGAGCAACUCAUCCGAUCUUUUAGCCGAUAUUCCUCCAGACAACCAUGGACUGGCGUGUAGCAAGUCCUUGCAAUCCGACGACAAGUUAAAGAUUCUAGGGAUUAAUUGGAACCCUUCUGUCGACGCGUUUCAAAUUCAGGUUGACCUCCCGGAUGCCAUGCCCAAAACCAAACGUACAAUCUUGGCCACUAUCGCUCGCUUAUUCGAUCCACUCGGGUGGGUCACUCCCGCGACCGUGGCAGCAAAGGUAUUCAUGCAACAAUUGUGGCGUUUAAAAUUAAACUGGGACGACAUCAUACCUGAGUCGACUCUACUUCGGUGGAAGUCUAUCUACACUACUCUAUCCGCAUUGAACGGCCAAAAAAUUUCGCGUUGGACGGGUCAAGACUCGGAUAUAUCGCGUUGCGAGCUUCACGGCUUUGCCGAUGCAUCCACGGUAGCCUACGGAGCAGCCGUCUACAUUCGCGUCGCCUCUCGAACUGGUGAGGCAACCACAGCGUUGCUCGCCGGCAAAUCAAAAGUGGCGCCGGUUGAUCCGAUAACCGUGCCUAGGUUGGAGUUGCUAGCAACCGUUCUUCUCGCGCGACUCAUGGAGUUCGUAAUCACGACGCUCAAUCUCGUCAGCGUGCCCUGUCACUGCUGGACGGAUUCUACCGUGACGUUAGCCUGGCUAGGUCACCCCUCCAAAUGGAAAACAUUCGUCGCGAAUCGAGUGGCGGAUGUUCACUCUCGACUCCCAAACGCGGAAUGGCAUCACAUCUCAACGACCAUGAAUCCCGCCGAUUGCGCAUCGCGCGGGAUUCUCGGCCACGAGCUUGCUUACCACAAACUCUGGUGGCAAGGACCUGACUGGCUUUGCCUCUCGCCUUCUGAAUGGCCCAAGAGCGAGGGUCCCUUAUCGGACGAUGCAAAUCAUGAAGCUAAGCCAAUUACAUCACACAUCGCUCAACCGACGGUGACGUGGGAUCUAGCGUUUCGCUACUCGUCAUGGCCCAAGUUGAUUCGAAUCACCGCCUACGUCAUUCGUUUUACUCUCCGAUGUCGGCAGAAAUACACUUCUCGAGCAAGCACGUCCCCUCACUCUCUCGCUCUUUCUCCUCACGAUUGUAAGCAAGCGAGACUGUUCUGGUUAAAAUCUAUUCAACGAGAAGUAUUUCCCGAGGAGCGGCACCUCCUUAUGAAGGGUCACCCGCUUCCCGCUCGAAGCUCUAUUUUGUCUCUUAACCCAUUUCUUGACGCGGAUGAGCUUAUUCGCGUAGGCGGCAGGCUGAGAAACGCUCCCUUAUCGUUCAAUGUGAAAUACCCAAUCUUAUUAUCGUCCCAUUCGUUAGUUACCUUGAUUAUUCGUCAAGCACACCUUCGAUCCCUUCAUGCAGGCUCGCAGCUCACCAUCGCCACGUUGCGACAGGAAUUUUGGAUUCUCCGAGCCCGCAAUCUAGUAAAAUCUGUUAUCCAUCAAUGUGUAGAAUGUACUCGCGAAAGAGCCGCGAUCCCGUCCCAGUUAAUGGGCAACUUGCCAAAGGUUCGCGUGUCUCCCUCAACUCGCGCCUUUUUGCACUGUGGAGUCGACUAUGCGGGCCCGGUUGCCGUUCGAGCCUCCGCCGGCCGCGGAAUCACCUCUCGCAAGGCUUAUAUCGCGGUAUUCAUAUGCCUAACGACGCGCGCUAUCCAUUUAGAAUUAGUCGGGAGCUACAAUACGUCCGCGUUCUUAGCUGCAUAUUCGAGAUUUUGCGCACGACGAGGAUUACCGAUAUCCAUGUACUCCGAUAAUGGCACAACCUUUGUCGGCGCCAAUAAAGAGCUCAAGUCCGCAUAUAGAGCCGCUCUUCAGAACCCCGAUUUUUUAAAUCGCACGGCUUCCGAUGGAGUAUCAUGGCAGUUCAUCCCUCCUCACGCCCCUCAUUUCGGGGGUUUGUGGGAAGCGGGAGUGCGGAGCAUGAAGCAUCAUCUUCGCCGCACCCUCGGGUCUCACACCCUCACCGUUGAAGAGUUCACGACUAUGUUAUACCAGGUUGAAGCCUGUCUAAACUCUCGGCCUCUGGGACCAUUGACUGAUAGUCUGUCUGACUACGAACCCCUAACGCCUGGCCACUUCUUAAUCGGCUCGGCGAUUACGACAGCGCCCGAACCGUCGCUUCUCGACCUCAAUGAGAAUCGAUUGUCUCGUUGGCAGCUUGUCCGCCAGAUCGCCGAACGGUUCUGGAAACUCUGGAAACAUGACUACGUCAAUACUCUUCAGCAAAGAGUCAAGUGGCGCAAGCCACAGCCAUCGAUCCAAGUCGGGCAAUUAGUUCUUCUUCGAAAUUCCGCAUUACCCCCCUGUAAAUGGGAGCUAGGCCGAGUGACUCAAUGUCAUGCUGGUACCGAUACCUUAGUUCGCGUGGUCACAGUCAAAACCGCAACUUCCGAGUAUCAGCGGCCGAUUGAGCAACUGUGCUUAUUACCGAUCGACGUGAAUCCGCCUGCUAUAAAUGAAAAUUAG